GAUCUUUGCUUCAUUCCUUCUCUCUUCUUCUUCUCACUGUGGUGGUUAUGUGUGGAUCUGCUUCCUCGAUUUCAAUUCGAAGUCGUCGGUUUCUUCAGUAAAUCGAAUCUUUUUUUUUCCGGUUUUUUUCUUCGAUCCGAUGGAGGAUCCUGAUAUCAAGAAGUGUAGAUUGAGCUGCGUCGCGACGGUUGAUGACGUCAUCGAGCAAGUCAUGACGUAUAUAACCGACCCGAAAGAUCGCGAUUCGGCGUCUUUGGUGUGUCGGAGAUGGUUCAAGAUUGAUUCCGAGACGAGAGAGCAUGUGACUAUGGCGCUUUGCUACACUGCGACGCCUGAUCGUCUUAGCCGUCGAUUUCCGAACUUGAGGUCGCUUAAGCUUAAAGGCAAGCCUAGAGCAGCUAUGUUUAAUCUCAUCCCGGAGAACUGGGGAGGAUAUGUUACUCCUUGGGUUACUGAGAUUUCUAAAUCGCUUAAGCAGCUCAAAUCGGUUCACUUCCGACGGAUGAUUGUCAGUGACUUAGAUCUGGAUCGUUUAGCUAAAGCCAGAUCAGAUGAUCUUGAGGCUUUAAAGCUCGAUAAGUGCUCUGGUUUCACUACUGAUGGACUUUUGAGCAUCGUUACACACUGCAGGAAAAUAAAAACGUUGUUAAUGGAAGAGAGUUCUUUUAUUGAAAAGGAUGGUAAGUGGCUUCAUGAGCUUGCUCAGCACAACACAUCUCUUGAGGUGUUAAACUUCUACAUGACGGAGUUUGCCAAAAUCAGCCCCAAAGACUUGGAAACCAUAGCUAGAAAUUGCCGCUCUCUGGUUUCUGUGAAGGUCGGUGACUUUGAGAUUUUGGAACUAGUUGGGUUCUUUAAGGCCGCAGCUAAUCUUGAAGAAUUUUGUGGUGGCUCCCUGAAUGAGGAUAUUGGAAUGCCUGAGAAGUACAUGAAUCUGGUUUUCCCCCGAAAGCUAUCCCGUCUAGGCCUCUCUUAUAUGGGACCUAAUGAAAUGCCAAUACUAUUUCCAUUCGCGGCCCAGAUCCGAAAGCUGGAUUUGCUUUAUGCAUUGCUAGAAACUGAAGACCAUUGUACGCUAAUCCAAAAGUGUCCUAAUUUGGAAGUUCUCGAGACAAGGAAUGUAAUUGGAGAUAGGGGUCUAGAGGUUCUUGCACAGUACUGUAAGCAGUUGAAGCGGCUGAGGAUUGAACGGGGUGCAGAUGAACAAGGAAUGGAGGACGAAGAAGGCUUAGUCUCACAAAGAGGAUUAAUCGCUUUGGCUCAGGGCUGCCAGCAGCUAGAAUACAUGGCGGUGUAUGUCUCAGACAUUACUAACGAAUCUCUUGAAAGCAUAGGCACAUAUCUGAAAAACCUCUGUGACUUCCGCCUUGUCUUACUCGACCGGGAAGAAAGGAUUACAGAUUUACCAUUGGACAACGGAGUGCGAUCCCUCUUGAUUGGAUGCAAGAAACUCAGACGGUUUGCUUUCUAUCUCAGACAAGGCGGCUUAACCGACUUGGGCUUAAGCUACAUCGGACAAUACAGUCCAAAUGUGAGAUGGAUGCUGCUGGGUUACGUAGGUGAAUCGGAUGAAGGUUUAAUGGAAUUCUCGAGAGGUUGUCCGAAUCUACAGAAGCUAGAGAUGAGAGGCUGUUGCUUCAGCGAGCGAGCAAUCGCUGCAGCAGUUACAAAAUUGCCUUCACUGAGAUAUUUGUGGGUACAAGGUUACAGAGCAUCAACGACGGGACAAGAUCUAAUGCAGAUGGCUAGACCGUACUGGAACAUCGAGCUGAUACCAUCGAGAAAAGUACCGGAAGUGAAUCAGCUAGGAGAGAUAAGAGAGAUGGAGCAUCCGGCUCAUAUAUUGGCUUACUACUCUCUGGCUGGUCAGAGAACAGAUUGUCCAACAACUGUUAGAGUCCUGAGGGAGCCAAUAUGAUUUGACCAAGAAACAGGUUUGUAUAUAAAGAUUUGGUUAAUCUUUUCUAGUGUCGAGUUUUGGGGUUUCCACGAACUGUCUACUUUUGGUUCUUUAUUUUUGAUUCAUGUUGUAUCGUCAGAUGUUUUUGGGAGAUUACAUAGAGUCUUGUUUGUAUGGUCAUCACUUUAUUUUUCCACAGGGGUCUGUCUACUCUUCUUUCUUUAAUAAAACCCCAAAGAUUUU